AUGCAUUAAAUAAAAAAAAAAAACUAAGAAGAAUCAUAACUAAAUCAGACUUCUUUGAGAGAAUUUGAUUAACAAGUAUUAGCUUAAACUAUUAUAAAAGGCUCUUUGUGUGUAUCAAUAAUGUAAUAAGCAUCGAUAAAAGGUCAUGAUGGUAAACGUUAAUUAAGAAGAUUAAGACUUAAGUCGACUUGCUUGUGCUGUUUGCGUUUAAGAAUUUCCAAAAUAAUAUAUAACGCUAGAAGAAGCAAACAAGAGAUGGAAUUUAUAGAAAGAAGAAUAACAAGAUUUAAUUAAUAAAUAUAAUUUAAAAAGAAAAACCCAAUAUAAUAAUUCUGUAUAGAUCAUUAAGAAAUUAAAGGAUAAUUACAAUUAAACUCUUAAUGAAAUACUUAUCUUAUUAGAUAAAUAGCUGUAGAAUACUGAAGAAAUCUUCUAAACAAAUAAAUUUAGCAAUAAAGAUUUAUUUUAAUAGGAUGAAAAACAAAUACAACAGAUAAUCAAAUUAUUAAGUUUAAAAGAUUAAACUAAUCAUAUUAAAGAGCAAUAAGAAAAACAAGAUUAAUCAGAUCUUUUGCUUUAUUCAAAUUUAAAGACUAGGUUGGAAAACCUAAUGAAAGAAGAUUUGCUAUGUAAAUACUAAUUAAACAAAAACUUAAAUAGAUAACAGUAAAUUUGUAUAUUAUAUUAAAUAUAUUAGUUAAUUAAAUAAAAGAUGAUAAUAAAAAUGCUUUAGAUUCUGAAUUACAUGAAUUCAUACUAAAAUGUUAAACGUAGGACCUAUAUUUUUCUGUUUUCAACGAAUCAAUUGAUUCAUUUAAAGAACUUUAAAAAAUAUAUGAAUCCUUAUAAAAAAAUGGAUAAUUAUAAUAAAUUAUGGAUGUAUAACAAGAAAAAUCAUAAGUUAAAAAUUUUAAAUUAUUUGAGCAUAAUUUUAUGAGAAUGAAGAAAUUCAUAAUGGCUGAAGAAAAUGAGUAAAAAUUAGAUUAAGUAACUCAACACAAAUAAUAAUUAUUAAUUUAAAUAAAAGAGCUAACUGAUAGAAAUAAUUAGUUUUCCCAAAAAAUCAUUUAAUUAGAAUUAGAAAUAAAAUAGAUUAAUGAGUUAUUUAACUGCAAAUUAAGUGAAAAAAAAAUGGAAUUAGAAAAAUCGAUUUUAGAAAUACGAACUUGUUUAUUAGAGAUGGAAGAAUUUAAAAAAUACUAAUUAAGUGAAACAAAAGAUCUAAAUGAUUAGAUUUAAAGCUUAAACUAGGAUAUAAAAAAGAAGUGCGAAUAAAAUUCCUAAUUAUAAUCAGAUUUAGAAUAAUUAAAUAAAUCGUUUGCCAAUUAGUGUAAUUAAAAUGCUAAAAAAAUCUAAUAAG